CCACAAUGCACUGCGGGGCGCGUCACUCGGAGCGGCGGGUCCCGUCUCGACAGGUCUUCUCUGUUGGUUGAAAUGUCUAUGAUUUUAUCUGCCUCAGUCAUUCGUGUCAGAGAUGGACUGCCACUUUCUGCUUCUACUGAUUAUGAACAAAGCACAGGAAUGCAGGAGUGCAGAAAGUAUUUUAAAAUGCUCUCGAGAAAACUUGCUCAACUUCCUGAUAGAUGUACACUGAAAACUGGACAUUAUAACAUUAAUUUUAUUAGCUCUCUGGGAGUGAGCUACAUGAUGUUGUGCACUGAAAAUUACCCAAAUGUUCUCGCCUUCUCUUUCCUGGAUGAGCUUCAGAAGGAGUUCAUUACUACUUAUAACAUGAUGAAGACAAAUACUGCUGUCAGACCAUACUGUUUCAUUGAAUUUGAUAACUUCAUUCAGAGGACCAAGCAGCGAUAUAAUAAUCCCAGGUCUCUUUCAACAAAGAUAAAUCUUUCUGACAUGCAGACGGAAAUCAAGCUGAGGCCUCCUUAUCAAAUUUCCAUGUGCGAACUGGGGUCAGCCAAUGGAGUCACAUCAGCAUUUUCUGUUGACUGUAAAGGUGCUGGUAAGAUUUCUUCUGCUCACCAGCGACUGGAACCAGCAACUCUGUCAGGGAUUGUAGGAUUUAUCCUUAGUCUUUUAUGUGGAGCUCUGAAUUUAAUUCGAGGCUUUCAUGCUAUAGAAAGUCUCCUGCAGAGUGAUGGUGAUGAUUUUAAUUACAUCAUUGCAUUUUUCCUUGGAACAGCAGCCUGCCUUUACCAGUGUUAUUUACUUGUCUACUACACCGGCUGGCGGAAUGUCAAAUCUUUUUUGACUUUUGGCUUAAUCUGUCUAUGCAACAUGUAUCUCUAUGAACUGCGCAACCUCUGGCAGCUUUUCUUUCAUGUAACUGUGGGAGCAUUUGUUACACUACAGAUCUGGCUAAGGCAAGCCCAGGGCAAGGCUCCCGAUUAUGAUGUCUGACACCAUCCUUCAGAUCUAUUGCCUUGGCUUCAGGGGGAUAAGGAGGGAACAUAUCAUAACUGCCACUGUGAUGAAGAAGCUGUUCCCCACAGAGGAGAAGCUCUGCUUUCUUUCUCUCCAACUUUCCUUUUUUAAAAUCAGCAUGGUGUGCCUGUGAGCAUGGAAGACCUGCUAGGAAAAGUCCUCUCAGAAGAGUGUUGGCCAUGAGAUUAUCAUUCAGAGGAGGAGGAGAUUUCUGUCUUCAAGGCCAUAACAGUGGAAGAACAGUCAUAUGCCAUUGGAAGUCUUGGCAAGCAGUCCUGAAUCCUUCCUGAAGAGUUCAGAAAAUAGAUGUGGUAUUGCUCUGAGGACCAGGCAGGAGGAACUCUACAACCUGAGUUUGCCUUUGUGAGGCAUUAGUAUAGACCAAAUAAAAAGCUGCAGAAAUUGGAAAGUUGAUGUUUUAAAUAAAUGACUGUGAUAAAUAUCGGAUUAUUUGCACAUUUAUGGUACUAAGAGUUUAUAAAAUCCAAGAUGGUGUGAAAUUGGUUCUUUUUACUUUUAUAUUUUUGCUUGAAUCUUAAACUCUGGAAAUCACCUGAUGUAGAAGAAGGCUGUGAUGAGCUCGUCUCUGGAACAUCACAAGUAUUGAAAAUACAAUAAUGGAUGUUUCCCUUCUAAUCCACGUUUGUUGUUUCUUUUGAAAUCACGUCUAAAAAAUAUGACUCAGACUAUAGCCGUUGUUUCCCAAACUUCAGUCUCUUUAGUACUACUUGUAUUAUUUUCUUAAUAUUUAUCUUUUACAUUUUAAAGUUUUUUUAAAAAAA